AUGGAUGAAGGCGCGAGCGUCAUGCACCACUGCAACAAGGUCCUCAACGUCUCCGCCAAGCUUAGCGGCAUCAGUGCGAAGAUGGAAGACGAAGACGUUGCAAUUUGUCUGCUACUCAGUCUUCCGAAGAGCUACGAAAAUGUGGUGCUCAACAUGGAAAUGAGCAGCGCCGAGCUUCGUACCCAGGAUGUGGUGAGAGUCCUGACGAAUGAGCAUGCCAAGCGUCAAGGAGAAAAAGAGACAACAAAAUCGACUACGGUGAAGGCUGAAGAUGCAAGCAAGGCAUUCAGCACCGAACGUGAGCCCUAUCAAUGCACGUAUUGUGGCAAGGAGGGACAUACGGUGGAUCGCUGCUGGACAAAGCAGAAGAACGAAGGUCAAGCAGCCUGA